AUGCCAACUACUGUACAGCAUCACCAACCCCAUAUCCAUCCCCGCCACGUCUCCGCGGCCCUUCUUUUUGAUUGUCUGCCCUGUUCACCACGCCCAACUGGUCUCUCCACUAGAUGUAUCCUCUACUUUGCAAGGUACACUCGAGGUAUCCAUCGCAAUGCAUCCAGCCAUCCAGCCAUGAUCCGUACCGAACAGGCAGGUGCUAUGAAUUGCCGUGGCAGCAUCACCAGACCUGAAGUCUUAGCUACAUGUACUUGGCCACCGACUCUAAUGCUUGAUACCUGCCAAAAUCCCUCUCUACAUCUUGCUUGCCAUGGACCACAUCGGCUUUGGCUUGCAUUCCAGUGCACCGCCGCUCGCUGUCUCACACGCGGAUACGUACAAACUAACGCAAUUCUUCAAAGCACCAUUGUAUCUAGUAGACCUCGACUACAUGGUACAAUUACCCGCCCCAUUUCUCAUGAGCUCACCACUCCUCAUUACCCGUUGCCGCCACCCAGGUGCAUCCUUUAGUCUCGCUGCAACUGCACACUAAUGGUAGCCCCGACAUUAUGACAAUCGAAGCCCACCUGCGCCCAACAAACGGGAUGACGUACAUCCCUACCCAUCCCAAUCCCCAGAUCCUGCUGUACGGCGCAGCCUGCAUCUGCCUCUGCUGCAUUCUUCACCGCUUGCAACCGCUCAUGCGAUGCGCAUCAUGCCUGCUUACCUGCGCCUGACAGACCCUCUCCUACCGUUCCUCCAACCUCACUCAGCACAGAGCUCGUAUGCUUUCAUCUGCACUGCCUGAAGCCUACACCAGUACAGCAACGACAAUGUACU